CAGCAUCGCUGUUUGAGCAAUGCAAAAUAAUAAUAAUAAUAAAAAAGUUUCGAGUGGAAGAUUUGGCUCGCGCGUGGCCUCCUGGGCCUCUCUCGCGCACUAGCGCGCGUCAGGAAUUUGUCUCUAUCUUUUUUUUUUUUUUUUUUACCACUUUACUUCAGAUUAGUUACGCCUUUUAUUUAAUUUGUUAUUCCAACGGCCAACAUUUUGUCCCCGAGAUGAGCCGCGGCGGGGUCGUAUGCCCAUUUUAGCUCCGUUUGAGAUGUUAUUAUCAUGAUUUCAUGCACGAGCGCAAAUGUAUUGUGUGAUAUUAUUUAAAACGCACAAAUGAAUCGGCGAUUAACAUACAUUUUCUGAACAUUACAGACAUUCAAAUGAUAAAUCAAAUAAACUGUUUGUUUACCAUUAACUGUCCGAGCAGCAAUGACACGCUAGAUGUUGAUGAGUGUGUUUGUAAUGGCGCGGGAUGGAGAGACUUUAGCACUGCAGCUAAACCGCAUCAGCACCGCCGCACAUCACAACAAACAAUGGUCAUGAUUACGCUGAUGCACACACAGCAUUAUGGUUUUUAUUAACAUAGUGUUAUUAAAGAAAACGGUAGUCUAUUAUCUUGGACUAAAUUUCACUAUAUUCACGUUGUGAUGAAAGUCACGUCUCUUUCACACAGUCUUAACAAGCUGUCAUAAUCUUUCUGUCAUUGUAUUUAUUUGAAUGGUUACAUUAAUAUAGUUUUAUUAUCACAAUAUGUAUAGUAACUAUGAUUUGGCAGGAACUAUGAUAGUGAUUGUAUUCUCUUUUUAAAUACAAUCAGAUGAAGAACUUUCUCAGAUCUGAGGGGUCCAGACCUGGAGAGUGCAGGAGCGUGUGUGUUUAUAACAUCCUCCCAAAUACAGCUUCCUUUGCUCGCUGAGAAGUCUCAUAAGAGCAAGUAAUAGUGUUGCAAUGGCUGAAUGCUGGUGUGAAUAGAUGUGCACACGACAGUGUGUCUCUGCUGUAUGUUGAGAUUAAUUGUAGCUCAACCGGAUUCCUGGGGACUCUCUGCACAUCCAUCAGAGGGAUGGAAAAAUGGCUGGAAAAGAGGAGCAUUCACACUAUGAACUUGCGGUCUGUAUUUACUGCCGAGCAACAGCGGAUCCUGGAACGCUACUAUGAAAACGGCAUGACCAAUCAGAGCAAGAGCUGCUUCCAGCUUAUCCUACAGUGUGCUCAAGAGACUAAACUUGACUUCAGCGUGGUUAGAACAUGGGUAGGAAACAAGCGACGGAAGCUGGCAUCUAAGGCAGACCAGAACGGUGCUGCUGCUCAAGUUCUGUCCCAUCAGCACAUUCCUUGUGGAGCUGCCGGGUCACUUGUGGCCGGAUCGGUGUUAACAGCUGAGAUGGCGGCCAUGCGGAGCAUUCAGCGCGGCCCCUCUGUGACCCACCUCCUCCCUCCGCAGGCCUCAUCCUCCUCAUCAUCCUCUUCUCCAUCAUCUUCCUCCCCACUCAGUGGUCACAGUGAUGUGAUUUUGACAGGCAUUUAUGCCAACUGCUUCGAUGCUUCUGCUCACAAUAGGACAGGGACGAAAUCAUUGCCGUUGCACACAGAAAUGGAGCAGCCCACUCACGAUCGUACAGACGCGACUGCACAUCGCACAGCCAUUGCAGCCGGCAUUCAGCGGAAAGUCCCCAUCAUCCCCAGUUCUAGCACACUGAAACCCUUAAGCUCUAGAGACUCUGCGGUAAUCGCUUCCAGUUGGGCCAAGCAGUGCAAGACGUCCCAGCAUCCGUCAUGGCCUCAUACCUCGCCACAGAAAACGCCAAUGACACAUUGCGGUCCUGAAGGUGGUAGCACUCAUAUUCAGCAUGUUUUCACCCUGGCCGGAUUAGGGGAGCUGUCACAGCGGCCUAUCCCAGGAAGCACUCAAGACACGGCGGUGAGAAAAACAAGGCCAGUUGACGCAUCAGAGAUCUUCUCGAUUGCGAUGGAAACAGCUGACGCUGAUGAAGAGUACUCCAGAGAAGAAGAGCUAGCAAACAUGGCGGUGCAGAUGCACUGUAGUAAAGCCUCUGUGGAUGGUGGACGGAGCUCCAGCGCAGGUUCCUCUUCCUUAAUUGACAGUCCGGGACUAACAGAGAGGAGCCAUUCAAACUCUGCUUUCUUUGGAGAGAAGGGAUGUCAAACCAGCAGCUCCUUACUGAUCAGAACAUCAUCCCCUAGCACCUUCCCGUUAAAACUGCAGACAUCUUCCAGAAUCCCCUGUCUCAAGGUAAUGAGUAACAUGUCUGCUCCCUGGCUUCAUAGUAACUCCCGGAAAAGAACGCUGCAGGACAGGACGCAGUUUAGCGACAGAGACUUGUACACACUGAAGCGCUACUGGGAUAACGGCAUGACCAGCCUGGGAUCUCUGUGCAAAGAGAAGAUCUCAGCUGCAGCUAAUGAACUCGGCGUGGACACUGAAAUUAUCAAGACGUGGAUUGGUAACCGCAGAAGGAAGUACCGGUUGAUGGGCAUUGAUAUUCCACCACCUAAAGGUGGGCCGGUCAUGUUCCCAAAUCCAAUUGCUCCUCAUUCACCUCACAUCCUUGAAGAUGACUGUCAGACUCUGGAACUAGGAGAGGCUGGCGAACACAACGAUGCUGUGUCACUCUGUUUGUCUGAUGAUGGAGCCAGUGAUUUUUAUCUGAAAGAAAAUGAUGAUGUGAAUGAUGAAUCAGAUAGUUCCACCCCUGCAAAACAUGUGAAGAUUGAAAUCAUCGAAGAAGAGGAUGAUGAUGAUGAUGACGGUGACAUGUUGACCACAGAGAUGGAACAGAUGCAAAACCUCUUAGAGUUCAAGAAUGAAGAAGUGCAGUUCCUUGAGAAUGAGCUGCAGAACCAGAAACUGAAGUUCUCAAAGCUGAAGAGCUUCACCAAAAGCCUGCUGAUCGCUGUGAAAAACAAAGACAGAAAGAAACAGCAGGAGCUGUUAGCCAGUCUACCUCAGAAAGUGAAUGAGGACUGGGACCUGGGCCUGGAAAACCACAGCAAGUCUGGCGUAGAGAGGCCCACCAUCCAGAAAGAGUCCUCUGUAUCAGAGGAGGAGGGGGACACAGAUCAAAUGAGACUAUAAAUGCAGGGCAGCUUCCACCUCUUCUGUUACUCACAUGUGCCACAUAGUGCCUGUGGAAAUAAACCAAUAAUUGUUGGACCCCACAAGUCAUUUUCUAUAGCAUAUCAGACUGCCUUGGCCAGGUCCAGUACUAUCAAAUAAAUGCCACUAAGUCAACACAA